AUGAAAGAUCUGCAGAAUGAUCACAUCGUUCGAUUUAUUGGAGCCUGUAUUUGCUUCCCUAACUCAUGUAUUCUUACUGAGUAUUGCCCUAAAGGCAGCUUACAGGUAGGUCAGUCCCAGUGACAAAUACGAUUUUAGCCUCAAAUUUUUUUUUAUCGAAGAAUAAAAUUAAAUUAUUAUAAUAAAAAUUCCAAUAUUUCAAAAAUAAUAAUUUUUAAAGUUUUUUUUUUUUUUUUUUUUUUACAUAAAAAAAAAAAAUUUUAAUUUGCAAAAAUUUUAAAAAUUUUUUUUUUUUUAAGAUUAUAAUUUAAUUUUUUUAAUUAAAUUUUUAAUAUUUUAAAAAUAAUAAUUUUUAAAGUUUUUUUUUUUUUUUUUUUUGUACAUAAAAAAAAAAAAUUUUCAUUAGCAAAGAUUUUAAAAAAUUUCACUUUAUAGUUGUAAAUAUUUUCUUUAUGAAUACAUAGUAAAAUAUUUGUUGCAAUACUUAAUCCUUAGUACUUUUACAUCAACACUUUAAAAAUAAUAAUUGUCAAGAGUUAAAUGUUUUGUUUUAUUCCCUUUAUGACAGGAUGUUCUUGAAAAUGAACAGAUCAAGCUGGACUGGAUGUUCAGGUAUUCCAUCAUGCAAGACAUUGUCAGGGUAAGAGUUUUAAACAUAGCCGUGUGAAGAGCUGGUUUGUUAAGAUGUCCUGUGGCAUCUCGGAUAAGUAAAUUAUCUAUAUUUUAAUAUUAAUAUGUCUUCAAAAUGUAAAUGAGAUCAGCCUUCAUCAGUUUCUAUGGCUAUUCAUUGCAGCACUUUCCAGCUAAAGGGUUGAAGCAAUCUAUUUGAUCAUGGGUUUGCAAAGAGAGAUGACAUCUCUGAUUUUAAUCAAUGAUUCCUCCCUUAGUGCCCCUGUCGCUAUGUUUGUUUCAAAUCUUGUGUAAUUGGGGCAUCAAGGCCCAUCAAGAAAGCCCUUGUCAAUAUUUUCCUUGAUCCAACACUGCUUUGGUACUUGCAUACAUUUCAUUUAUUUUGAUGACGCCAAAAUUUUUACUGCCUUAUUGAUUGCGAUGAAAAAUUAUUUUUUAGGAUCAAAUGAAAUCAAAUCAAAAUAUUUCACAUUUUAUCUUCUUUUUCCGGUACUUGAACAGGGCAUGGCCUACCUUCAGGGUACUGAGAUCCGUUCUCAUGGUUACCUGAAGAGCACCAACUGUGUUGUGGACAGUAGAUUUGUGGUGAAAAUAACAGAUUUUGGCCUCCAUCAUCUCAGAGGUGCAGUGAGAUCUAGUGAAGAGGAUGAAAACAGUUACAGUUAUUUCCACAGUAAGUGUCCAGGCACUUCACAGUCUGUGUGUGCAUGCGUGACUCAGAUGGUAUUCUUAUAAAGUGUGUUACUUGUAAGUAUUUUUUGAAAUUUUUUAGCCCCACGGUUCCUCCCCAUUGCUCGUUAUUACAUUUUAUAAAGGAUUUAUAGAAAAAACUUUGAUUUUGUGAGUUGUUAAAUUUUUCUUUAAUAUCUGAUUCUAAAUAUGUUUUUGAAGAAAAUUGUUGGUUUUUGUGUUUUUUUAGACUCAUUAUUUGUCCUUUUGAGUUUAUAAAAUAUAAUUAUUUUAUUUAUAGAAUUCUCAUUUGCAGCCUAAUUGAUUUCAUCUGAAUAAUUGUGUGAACUUUUUGUUUACUUCUCCACUCUUUAAGAUAAGCUGUGGACGGCACCAGAACUCCUGCGAAUGGCGUACAGACCUCCAGAAGGAACGAUCAAGGGGGACGUGUACAGUUUUGCCAUAAUCUGUCAGGAGAUUGUGUACAGAAAUGGUGUUUUUUAUCUGCAGAAUAUGGACGUGUCUCCACAGGGUAGGCCAGUGAGAAAGGGGAAAUAAUGAAGCUAUUGUAAUAAAGGGAUGUAACUCCCUUAGGGGGCUGUGGAUCAAUUUGCCCUAUAUCUUUUAAUAUAUAAAUUUUCAAAUUAUUAAGUCUUUUGUUGUUUUUUGUGUAAAUUGUCUGGUUCUUAUGGUAAUUAAUUGUAUUUAACUACUGUAUAACAGGUUCAAUAAACUUAAAAGAUAUGUUCAAUAUUUAAAAUAAAAUAGUUGCACUGCUGCAAAUGCUGAGUCUAAACUACUUUUGAUCCUUAUCGCAUGUUAGGCAUAAUUAUUUUUUAGUUGCACAAAGACAGAAAGAUUUUGAUACAUUUUAGCCAUUUUUAAACUCCUGAUCUCCGACCAUUUUCUUUAAAACAGAAAUUUCUCAGAAAGUCAAACUGGGACUCAAGCCUUACUUUAGGCCCACAUUGGAAGAAUAUGAUUGUCCAUGCGAUGAGUUGGCCGGCGUCAUAAAGUUUGUAUUCAGAUGUCUAGAAAUACUGUUGUCAUGUAGAAUGUACGCCGACAUGUAGCAAUGUCAUUACUAACUGGCAUGUCAUUUAGCAUAGUCGUAUAGAACUUUCAUCAUCAAGCAGAGGUAGCAUAUCAAUAAUAAAAGCCAAUGCUGACCAAUUAAAUGUUUGAAAUGAGAUUAAACAUAAAGCAAAAUUAUUUUGUCCCCAUUUCAACUGUCAGUUAUUCUAGUCUUUUAAAAAUAUCAUUUUUCCCAAUCAAACAUGAAAUUUUUAUUAAGUUACUGAAGUGUCAAUCAUAUAAUGUGUUUAUUUGAUAAAUUUACCUAAACUUAUUUUUAUGAUGCGAUUCUAUUCAUUCAGACGAUGCUGGGCAGAAGAUCCAGCAGACCGGCCAGAUUUUCAAGCCCUCAAAUCUAUAAUUAGGAAACUGAAUAGGUAAAGGGCAGUUGUUAUCAUGUGUUUUAAAAACACUUUGAUUCUGUAAAGAUAAUGUUGUGUUUUUUAAAUGAAUCAUUUAACUGUAAACCUAAACUUAGUGCUGCUGAGAGGAUAAAGAUUUGUGUGGUCUAGAUAUUAUAAUAUAUCUUAGAUAAUGUUAGCCUUAUAUUUUGUUACAGUUCACAUGUAUUUCUAUUUAUGUAUAUGAUGACUUCUCAAAAGACAGGCUUUUUUUUUGUUGUUUUUUUUUCUUUUAAUGUAUAAAUUAAUAUUAUUUUAGAAAUAUGUACAGGAGUAAACUGACAUCAGAUAAAAUGAAAAUACAAGAUAAGAUAAUGUAUAUCCUUGUGAGGAUAAAUAAAAUUUAUCUCAUUGUUAAGGAUAAAUGAAACGUAUAUUCUUUAAAAGAUAAAUUAAAUGUUUAUCCUUGUAAAGAUAAAUAAAAUGUAAAUCCUUUUAAGGUUUAAAUAAUAAUGGUUAUUUAGGAUAAAAAAAAUUUGCAUUCUUGUAAGGAUAAAUCAAAUGUAUAUCCUUGUAAGGAUAAAUAUAGUGUAUUCUUGUAAGGCAAAAUAAAAGUUAUGUCCUUGUAAGGAUAAAUAAAUGAGAGUUUACAACGCAGCAGCUUCUUGUCACGUAUAUUGAUGGUGUGUUUGUAAAACAUAAUGUACAUUUCACACUGCAGAGAUGGAGACAAGGGAAAUAUUCUUGAUAAUCUCCUGUCUCGUAUGGAGCAGUACGCCAACAACCUGGAGGCUCUGGUGGAGGAGAGGACGGCAGACUACCUCCAGCAGAAGAAGAAAGCAGAGGACUUGUUGUACAACAUGUUGCCAAAGUAAGCACUUGGCAUGGGGGGGGACUGUCUGUUAUAAAAUUAAGCAAUUGGAAACUAAUGAUUGGAUAUAAUUAAACAAUCCCUAAUAACAAAGUUGUUCAUAUAAAUCCUUCAUAAAAUGAAAUAUCCAGCAAUGGGGGUUGGGGUGGAAAAUUUGACAAAACAUGCACACAAGUAACGCACUAUAUACGAAUCCCAAUCAUUCGACUCCCCCCCCCCUCCCUGGUUUGAAACCACUCAUUUCUUUCACAUACCUGAACUAUUUAAAUAAUUGUAAUUACCCACUCACUUUUACACUGCAGAUUUACUUCACUAGGUAUUUCAAAUAAAAAAAUAAAGUAUAUGCACUUGCGAUAUUUUUUUUUUUUAAAAGAUCUCAUUUUGUGCAGUUAUCCGGAAUUUUUGUGAAAUCAGUGGCACCUUAUUUCCUUAAUUUUCCCUUGAAAAACAGGAAAAACCAAUUUUUGUGGGGCUGAAAAUGUAAUAGAAUGUUUGUCAUAUGCAAAGAGUCUAUCUGCCAAGUUUCAGCUCGGUAAAGUGAUGGAAAGUGAGUCAGUUAGCCGCCCGAAGAGUAUGCCAGCCAAGCCACCCACGAACAAAAGCGGAGUUAAUAAAAAGGAAAUAGAAAGCAUUGAUCCUGUAUUGCAACAUCAUUGGCAUUGCAUAUGCUUUAAGAGUAACAUUGAAUCUUGAUCUGUGUUCUAGUUUAUCUUUGUUUUGCUUACAGGAAAGUAGCCUCACAACUGAUCAGAGGGGAAUCUGUCACAGCUGAGUGGUAUGACAGUGUCUCCAUCUACUUCAGUGACAUCUGUGGAUUCACUGCCAUGUCCGCAGAGAGUACUCCCAUGGAGGUUAGUCUUUACACAUCUAUGAUCUUAGGUUAUCUGAUUUUUCUUCUACUACUAAGUCUCAAUGUGAGAGAUUUUAUUUUAUUUUUAAAUACUUGUUUCCUCAUUGUCUUUUGUAGACCAAGUCAACACCCAGCCCAGCUACUGUGUAUUUUUUAAAUGUACAAAAUGAGAUAUUGAUUGUAAAUAAAUUUGAAAACUUUAUUUUUAUUGUAAAGGGUUGACCUUCCUUUUAGGUUGGUUGUUCAGAUCACUUUUUUUUUUUUUUUUAAAUAUCGUUGUAAGUGUACAUAAUUGACUAGCAACUUUUCGUUGACAUUGUUAAUUAUGGGCUCAGUUAUUAUAGUUCAACAGACUGAGCUGCCUCUCCUUGUCCUUGGACUAAAUACUUAUUUGUAUUCCAACAUCCCCAGGUUGUAGAUUUGUUAAAUGACUUGUACACAACUUUUGACUCCAUUAUUGAGAACUUUGAUGUCUACAAGGUAUUGCUUUUAUUAUAUAUCUUUCUAUUUAUAUAUAAAUAUAUAGGCUAUGUUUCAAUUAUUACAUUUUCAAUGACCAGUGUUAGGAUUUUGAGAGAAAUGAUGGAAAUUAAAGAAAAUAAGAAUUACCUAAUGAAAAUUUUAAGUUUUCACUGAGAAAUGAUUAAUGUUGAUAAAGUUGGCAAAAUUUGAAUUGUACCCUCAGAAGCAAACAAGUUGGCCUUAUUCAUUUCAAAAACAAUUAAAGAUGAUUUAUAAUUAAAUUAAUCAAUAAUAAUUGCAUUCAAUAUAUAAAAGAUAUCUAAGGCUUGUCAAGAUAAUUACCUAAAAAGCUGUGUUCUAAAAAUCAGAAAACAUCAAAAAGCUUGGUGAAGAAGAUUAAAAUUAAAAUUCUGUCAUGUCCCUCCCAAGUUUGGAAUCUAAGAGAAGAAACAAAUAAAGUCUUUCAACUAAAAGCAACAGGAAUGCUUAAUAAAAAGUGAUAUAAAAAGAAUUGGGGGGAAGUCGGUUUAAAAACUUUUUAAAUAAAAUGUCGUUAAACAUUACUAAGAAGCCUGUUGUUAAAAAUAAAUUUAACAAAAUAAACUCACUGAUGUAAUAACUGUGUUGUUUUAGUACUAAGAUAAUAUUUCCCGCCCAACUCUGCCAGGUUGAGACCAUCGGCGAUGCCUAUAUGGUCGUGUCAGGUCUUCCAGAUCGCAAUGGGAUCCUUCAUGCGCGGGAGAUAGCCAGGAUGAGCCUGGCUCUUCUGAAAGCUACAGUCACCUUCCGCAUCAGGCACCGGCCUAAAGACAGGCUCAAAAUCAGAAUUGGCAUCCACACAGGUAGACGAGAUUUUUCUUUCACUAUAGGAUUUCCUUAUGUUAAUAGUUAUAUAUUUAUAUAAUGGGAAAAACAAAAUUGUAAAUUAUAACACACUCUGAUAGUUCUCGGUUGUGAUGGUAUUUUUUUUUUAUGCUAAAUUUUAAAAAGUUUGCUUUUUAGAACAAAUGAAUAAAGGUCUCAGACUUCUCUAAUUAAAAUAUUUGAUUAAAUUAUGAGAUUUUUUAAAAUAAUAAAAUUGUGUCGAAAACUAUGAAAGUUCUCUAAGAUUAAUUAUAUAAUAUUUAAAAUGACAUCAAGUUCAAUAUUGUUCAUGCACAAGCCUAUAUAAAAAAGCUGUCAUGUAAAACACUUAUGCUUCCAAAAGUUAUUAUUAGACUAAUACGGUUUGAUUGUUGUUAAAGUUAUUGUCACUAAAAUUCAGAAUAAUAUAUGAUCAGGGGCCACCAUUAAAGUUUUUUUGUGCUAUGAACCUGUCUACCAGCGGUAAAAUAGUUACAGAGCUCCUGUUCAGCUGGCACCCAAUAUAAUUGCCUGCAUGCAUUACAUUUGAUAAUCACUGUCCCCAUCAUGUUGCUCUAAUCUUCCAAUUGCCUCACCAGGUUCUGUGUGUGCUGGUGUUGUUGGUCUUAAGAUGCCUCGUUACUGUCUCUUUGGGGACACAGUCAAUACUGCCUCAAGAAUGGAAUCCAAUGGUCUACGUAAGGAAAUAAAGAAUACCUCCUUGUAGAGCACUUAGCUUCACAUCCUUCACUUAAUGCAAACCGCCAUACUCCAACCUUCAUAUCCUUCUCUUAAUGCAAAGGGUCCUACUCCAAAAAUGAUUUGACUAAGAUGUUUAAAAUAAUGAAACUUGAUAUAUCUUCCUUCACUUCCAUCAUUACUUCCAUUCUGGUUCCCUUAAAUGUAUUUAGUCUUUUUUUGUUUUUGGUACUUAUUUUGUUUUGGAAAUAAAUUAUUUAUAGUUUUUCAAAUUAUCGAACCAUUAUUUUCUAUGACCCAUAUUUAAGCUAGAGCGUUGCUUGUGUGUUUCAUUUACAGCUCUUAAAAUUCACGUCAGCCCCCAGUGUAAAGAAGUCCUUGACACAUUUGGGUCUUUUGACUUGGAGCUCAGGGGGAAUGUUGAGAUGAAGGUAGGUCUUUUGGAAAAUAGUAAUAUAUUUUUAUGUUGACAUGAAGGUAGGUCAUUUAGAAAAUAAUAAUAUAUUACAUGUUGAUCCUUUUUUUUUUUGUGACUGACCAGUUAUCUGUUUUUUUAAUUACUUCCCAACUGUGCCUCACAGCAAGGUCAAUUUUAAAAUUUAGUUUUAAGACUGUAAUCUAUUUUUUUAACUUCAACUUGUUUCUCUGCUUUCUUCACACAUAACCUAUAUAUUGUGGCUCUCAUCUUUCUCCUACCGUAUCCCCAGGGAAAGGGCUCUGUUAAAACAUACUGGCUGCAGGGAGAGAAA